UCAGCAACAGAAAUGAGAGGGUGAGAGAAAGAGAGAGAGAGAGGGGGGAAACAGCUAUCGUUUGCCCAGACUUGUGGAGAGACAAGAGUGAGAGAGUAAGUGAAAGAAAGAGAGGGAGGUAGAGAGAGAAUUAGAGAGAGAGUGACUGACAGCAGGGGUGAGGAACAGAUGAGAGGAGAGUUCACAAACUAUUGCAAAGCGUUGGAACAACCACCAGACCUCCAGUUCAAACAUGUCAGGACAGCAGCACUGGACGCUUCUGGCUGUCAUGGCCCUCCUGGUCUUCACAGUGACAGCAGGCGAGGGGGGGAUAGCUGAGAAACAAGGGAAGAAGGAGCGUAAGUCGGACUGUGGGGAGUGGCAGUGGAGUGUGUGCGUGGCCAACGAGGGUGACUGCGGCCUGGGCACCAGGGAGGGCACACGCACUGGCACCGACUGCAAGCAGACCAUCAAGACCCAGCGCUGCAAGAUCCCCUGUAACUGGAAGAAGCAGUUUGGAGGUGAAUGCAAGUUUGACUUCCAGGCUUGGGGAGAGUGUGACUUGGUGACAGGGAAGAAGAACCGGACUGGGGUGCUGAAACGCGCUCUCAUGGAUGCCACCUGUCCUAACACAGUGAGCGCCACCAAGCCCUGCGGCAAGAUCCCCAAGACCAAGCUGCAAGAUGCCAAGAAGCCGAAGCGGGAUGGGAAGAAGAGGGAGCGCACUCCGAUGGACUAGUGGUGCAUCAUGGGAAUCAGGAAAUGGAAGUUGAUGCUUAUUACUGCCCUAUCUCAGCAUGGUUCCUAUUUGUUUGUCCUGUAGGUUUAUAGGGGCCUGUAGCAGCUACACAACAAAGAGUUGGAUAGUAGUGAUAACAUGUAUUUCUUUCAAAUUUCUCAUAGGAAAAUCUUGUAGGCGAUUUCAUACUUUGCGUGAAUAAUACAAAUUAAGCAUUUCUUACUAAAAUGCUUACCUUAUAACAUUUUUCAGGGUCAUUUUUGGAAAGUCGAAAUAAAUUGGAUUUUUGUUCAUAUUACAUAACAUCCUUUUUGUUUGAGGUGACAAAACGAUUCUCACUCAAAUAAAAAAUAAUUUCUUGCAUGUCUUGAUUUAAAGCAGCUUAAAGUUAAAACCUCAUGCCUUUACUGGGGUUUUAAAGGUUAUUUUGCUGGUACCCUCAACAGCAAAAUUGCUAACAACUUUUCUAACAGUUUGAGGGCAUACAUUAAUAAGAAACAUAAGUACUCAUUGAUGUAAAGGAAAUUCGUUUUCUAAUGUUAUCUACAAUGAAAGAUGUAAACUUUUGUCAACUUUUGUAUAAAUUAGCUAAUGUUCUGUACAGCUGUUAGUGUGUAAGAGCUUGUGUCCAGUAUUAGUUCUGGUUCUCCUGCUAUUAUACCUCACUUUGUAGUUCCCCGCUCUCCAGUUGAACUCGGAGUAAAACUGUUAUUGUAGUUUACAACUGGAGUUGACCUGUCCUAAUUAUCGAUUACAUUAAAAAACAACAACUUUGAAAUGA